GCUCUGUUCAAGGUGCUUCCCAUUGUGAAAGUAGAUAAGGAUGCGCUGCUGCAUUUUUUAUUAUGCUGGUGGAAUUAUCAUGUGCUUUUGGACUUCUUUUUCUACACAAGAAUCCAGCCACUGGUGUGCUGGAUUUUUAAUUGAUCUAACCAAAUACACAUGCUGCAGUGGAACUAUACAUAAGACCCCUCAUCUGAGCUGCUGUGGAAAAUCUGCCUACAAUAUCUUGGAGAGUUCUUGCUGCAUGAAUGUGUUAACACUGGGAUUGAGUCAGACUGUCUCAAAUUGUUGUGGAUCAAAGGCCUACAACCCGCUCAAUCAGAUUUGCUGUGGAGGAACCGUCCUACUCAGAAAGAGCACCCAAACCAAAUGCUGUGGAUCAGAGUUGUACGAGGAGAGGUCUCAUCUGUGUUGCGGUCCUCAUGCCAAGAAGGCCCUUCUGCCUAAGAAAACCAGCCAUGACUUGUGCUGCGGCACAGUGUCAUACAACCCAAUCAAGCAAUGCUGCUGUUACAAACCACAUCUCCAAGUGAUCGCAGUGGAUCCCAUUAACAGCAAGUGCUGCUCGAAUCAAGGUCUGCUUACAGCUGUAGGUCCUACAAGCCCUCACCCUGAGAAUCAGGUGGCAUAUCUUCAUGAACGGCUAAUUGGGAAGCGUUCUGCAGACCACAGAGAACAACAGAGGCAGGUCAGAGGAAAGAAAACUCCAGGCUUAGAUCCCUUUAAUGGUCAGUUCUGUGGACAGCAGUUGUACGAUCCUCACAAGUUAACCUGUUGUUCAGGGAAGUUGUUUCCAAACAAUGCAGGCCUAACGCAAUGUUGCGGUGCAAAAUCAUACGAACUGUCAGAAGAGGGCGUGCUGUGCUGUGAUGGACAGCUGUAUCACGACCAGCCGGCAGACUCCACGUGUGCUGGGAACAUAGCGUAUUCUCUGCACAAUUACACCAUCUGCCAGAAAGUAGCACACCUACCCUGCAGGCCAGCAGUGCUGCGGAACAAAGACCUUUGACCCCAACGAGGAGAUCUGCUGCAAUGGGCACAGACAUAAAAGGUCAGCGGCGGACGUGACCUGCUGUGGGAUUUACACGUAUAGUGCUAGCGCUUAUAGACACAAGUGCUGCUCUGGUCAACUCCAUGACGUGUCAUUCCUGAAGAACAAAGAAGAGGCUGGGUGCUGUGGUCCUCUCUUGCUGACAGACAGGAGAAACCAGCAGUGCUGCCACUCAGCACAAAAAACUCUGGCCUAUAUGACUCAGCCUGGCCAUUCGUGCUGCGGGCACUGGUACUACAACACAUCCAUAUGGAGCUGCUGUGCUGGACGACUCGUUCCCACACCAAUAAACAGAACAGGCACACGAGCAGGAGCGGAAGAGUUCACACUUCGACCCUGGAUGGAUUACAACUUAUCUGCCAUCUGCAGCAUGACCGUGAUGUUGGGAACAGUGAAGAGCUCAGCAGUGAAGGGGAAUCAGCGCUUCGUAGUCUUAGCGAAUGCUAUGAAGAUCCAAGGGAAGAGAUGCAUCGUAACAGCUCAGGAAGACUCCUUUCUAGUUGGUCCACUGGAACACUGCAGCACUCCUGACCUGAAGCAAAACAGAACUUAUCUCUGGAGAAAAAUCAGUGGAUGUCACUACAAGCCCCUCUCAGAUGUUCCUGACUUCACAACUGCCCUUCAUGCCAUCAUAACCUUUUGUCAAAGCAUGACCAGAGGUUGACAGAGCAUAGCUACUUCUGCUGAAGCAAAACUAAAUGUACCAUUUUGAAAAAACUACUUCAGUAGAAGUACA